AGAAAGGGAGGGGAGGGAAGAAUCGAGGACAGCCGGCCUAGCCAGGCCAAGAAUGCAAUUGCCCCGGUGGUGGGAGCUGGGAGACCCUUGUGCUUGGACAGGACAGGGUCGGGGGACACGCAGGAUGAGCCCUGCGACCACUGGCACCUUCUUGCUCACAGCUUUUUUAUUAAGCUGUGCUGAUGGCAUAAAUGGAACAGUUAACGGGAAGACCAAACAGGCCAACAGUUAUAUUGUCAGCAGAAAAGUGGCUGCUGGGAAGAAGGAUGUGUACACUAUUUUCUCCAGAGUGCGCGCUGACUGGAAUGUGUACCCAUCUGCUGGGGUCCUCUUUGUUCACGUUUUGGAGAGAGAGUAUUUUAAGGGGGAAUUUCCACCCUACCCCAAACCUGGCGAAAUCAGUAAUGAUCCCAUAACAUUCAACACAAAUUUAAUGGGUUAUCCAGACCGACCUGGGUGGCUUCGCUAUAUCCAAAGGACUCCCUAUAGUGAUGGAGUGCUCUAUGGGUCUCCAACAGCUGAAGGUGUGGGGAAACCAACAAUCAUUGAGAUAACUGCCUACAAUAGGCGCACUUUUGAGACGGCAAGACAUAAUUUGAUCAUUAAUGUAAUGUCAGCAGAAGAUUUCCCGUUACCAUACCAAGCAGAAUUCUUCAUUAAAAAUAUGAAUGUAGAAGAAAUGCUGGCCAGUGAGGUGCUUGGAGACUUUCUUGGGGCCGUGAAAAAUGUGUGGCAGCCGGAGCAUCUCAAUGCCAUAAACAUCACGUCGGCUCUGGACAGAGGCGGCAGGGUUCCGCUUCCCAUUAAUGACAUGAAGGAGGGAGUUUAUGUCAUGGUUGGUGCCGAUGUCCCAUUUUCUUCUUGUUUACGAGAAGUCAAAAAUCCACAGAACCAAUUGAGAUGCAGUCAAGAAAUGGAGCCUGGCAUAACAUGUGAUAAAAAAUUCCGUACUCAAUUUUACAUUGACUGGUGCAAAAUUUCAUUGGUUGACAAAACAAAGCAAGUGCCCACCUAUCAGGAAGUAAUUCGUGGCGAGGGCAUUUUACCUGAUGGUGGAGAAUACAAACCCCCUUCGGAUUCUUUGAAAAGCAGAGACUAUUACACGGAUUUCCUAAUUACUCUGGCUGUACCCUCGGCAGUGGCACUGGUCCUUUUUCUAAUACUUGCUUAUAUCAUGUGCUGCCGACGGGAAGGAGUGGAAAAGAGAAACAUGCAAACACCAGAUAUCCAGUUGGUCCAUCACAGUGCUAUUCAGAAGUCUACCAAAGAGCUUCGCGACAUGUCCAAGAAUAGAGAGAUAGCAUGGCCACUGUCGACGCUUCCUGUCUUUCACCCUGUGACUGGGGAAAUUAUCCCUCCUCUACAUGCAGACAAUUAUGACAGCACUAACAUGCCAUUGAUGCAAACCCAGCAGAACUUGCCACAUCAGACACAGAUUCCACAACCGCAGACUACAGGAGACUUUCGUUUGACAACUUUUCAAAGAUUUGAGGUAAAUGGCAUCCCUGAAGAACGAAAACUGACCGAAGCAAUGAACUUGUAAUCAGACAGUAUUAGCUGUUCUAUCUUUAUUUCUUCUUGGUUGCUUCCAGUAAUGCAUGGGAUUUUCUGAACUAUGGUGUGCAUGUCAAUAGUAUUAAGUAUGUAACCAGAUAAUACAAUAUAACUUUCCUUUAUUAAUGCAUUUUUUUUGUACUUCAAGCAUUUUUGACAUUUUGUAAAGCACCAACAAAUUUAUAUUUCUUACAAUAAAACAGUGGUCUUUAAAAUAAAUAUUAUUAAUGAAA